AUGGAUUUCGACGACAUAAGUCUUGCAAGGGUCGAGAAAAUCAAGACAGAAUGGAUAGCUCAAUGCUCAACCUCCUCGCAAGGUAUCUGCCAACUUGCCAGCAGGUACCGCGGUCGCGACGAUUGUUUCCUCCGCUCCAUGCACUGCGGGUCCUUCAACUUCAGCUUCCGUCUUCAUUGGGAGGAUGGUGGACCAGAUUGGUUGAUUAGAUUCCCUCUGCCGGGAAAGUCGAUGUUCCUGGAUGAGAAGGUCCAGAAUGAGGCUGUCCUGAUGAAAUACAUCGCGGAAAAGACGCGCAUCCCUGUUCCGCGCGUCAUUGGAUACGGCACAGCAGAGGAGAACCCUACCGGUCUCGGCCCCUUCAUUAUCAUGACCUGGGUAGAAGGCACCAAGAUGUCCGACCUUCUUCGCAAAGGUGGCGAUACCCCUGAAAAGGAGGAUGCACUAAAUCCAGACAUUGACCCGCAGACACUGAAGACCUUGUAUGGAGAAAUGGCAGCGAUUCUGCUGGAGUUGUGGAGCCUGGAUUUCAGUCGUAUCGGUAGCCUUCGCGAGCAUGGGGCACCACCCUCGACCCAAGUCGAAGGCAGACCGUUGACGCUCGAAGUUAACGAACUGAUCAGGACCUGUGGCUUGGACGAUUGUGCCCCGUCGAGAGUCUAUCAUAGCUCGCUGGAGUAUAUACACUCUCUCUUACGCCUGCAGGACACCCAGCUGGAGCGGCAGCGGAACAGUGUCUAUGAUUCGAUCGACUGUCGGGAGAAAUACGCUUGUCGCUGUCUGCUGAAAGCGGUGGCACUGCGCUUCAUAUGCCCCCCCGAUAAUGACGGCCCAUUCAAGCUCUUCUGCGAUGACCUUUGUCCGGGAAAUGUGCUUGUCGAUGAUUCCCUCCACGUGACAGGCGUCAUCGACUGGGAGUUCUGUUAUGCUGCCCCUGCCCAGUUCGCAGGCAGUAUUCCGUGGUGGUUGCUUCUCGAGCGGCCGCAGAAGAUCCUCAACAACGAAGGCCCUAAAGCGUUCUUUCGGUCUUUUUCGUCGCGCGCCGACUGUUUUCUGCGGGCGCUGGAGUUGAAAGAGAAAGCCAGAGGGCUGGGUGUGGAGGAUGAUCUACUAUCGGCAAGAAUGAGACAGUCUAUCGACACCAAGAGUGCCUGGUUCUACCUCGCUUGCCGGUCAGUCUCAUCUGUCGAUCUACUGUACUGGGACUUGCUGGAUGAGUACUGCUGGGGUGAGAGGUUGUCGAUCGUAGACCGGGUACGCUCUUUCACGACAAACAUUGGACUCUGCAGCGACCGUGAGGACUUUGUACGGUCGAAAAUCGUGCAAUUACAGGAAUAUUAUGCUGAUAUUGGCGAAGCGACCGAUGUAAGGUAUGAGGAAGAGGAAGAGCCGCAUGGCGAUGAACACAAGAAUGACAAGGGCACUGAUGCCUCACCUGCCUCCUUUGGCUACUGGGAGCUUGAAGGCAAGAGCGUGAAAAAAUUGGCCACCGCGAUCGCUGUCGCAGAAUACGGUGGGCAUGUUUGA